UCCCACACUGGAACGCGAUCGGGCGGGUUUAGUUGUGAAAACCUGGCAACCCUGCAGCUCGAGACGCUUGAACACACGGAUUUUUGUGUGUACUUUUUAUAUUGUAUGCGCAUGAUUUCGUUUCAGAAGUUAUGACGGAAAUAUUUUCAACUUUGUUCGGACAAAAUGACUCUCAGCCAGCCACGGGGCCAGCAGCUUUGGGGUUCGGCCCCGGGAAACCUCCGCCGCCGAUGCCGCCAAACCAAGCGCCGGUGGCGGCUCAGAUUCCAGGACAGCUCGGGGAUGAGGGGCCUACGCUGCGAAAACCCGGUGCUAUGAACGAACCUUUCUAUUUACUUCGAGAACUGCCCGUCGGAAGCGACCUGACGGGGAACACGAACCUCAUCACGCACUACAGUCUGGAGCACGCGUUUAAUAAGUUCUGCGGCAAGAAAGUGAAGGAGAAGCUGAGCAACUUCUUACCAGAGUUACCAGGGAUGAUAGACUGUCCAGGGAUUCAGGACGGCAGUUCUCUGCGCUCUCUCAUAGAAAAGCCUCCGGUUUGUGGAAACUCUUUCAGUCCGCUGACGGGAGCUCUACUCACUGGAUUUCGAUUGCACACUGGCCCGCUUCCAGAGCAGUACAGACUGAUGCACAUACAGCCGCCAAAGAAAAAGAGCAAAAACAAAUACCGACAUCACCGACCUCAGGAUCCUCUGCCACCAGAGACCCCCUCGGAUUCUGACCCCAAGAAGAAGAAGAAAAAGCGGGAUGAUGAUCCUGAUCGCAAGAAGAAAAAGAAAGACAAGAAGAAGAAAAAGAAUCGACACAGUCCUGAUCAUCCUGGUCUCACUGGAUCUCAGCCCAACAGCCUGAGAUAGAACCUGUGUGUGUCUGUGAGAGUGUGUGUGUGUGAGAGUGUGUGUGUGUGAGAGUGUGUGUGUGUGAGAGUGU